GCGUGGAAUGCUAGAGAAUAAAGUGGAAUUUACUUGUACGGUGUUAGUACUCUGCACCAGCUCUCAGUGUAUGCAAAUGCGUUGACCUAGAUUUAAAUAGUUUGAGCGUAAAAGUAGUGGAUCUACUGGCCAGAGCCAGUUGGAGUCUGCUGCGAGGUGGUCAACAGCUGAUUGGUUUCCUUGGAUUAGGUUUUAGUUAUCCUUGUCUUGGAGAGUCAGUUUUCUAAAGAUGGCGCCACCAACAUCACCUGUUGAAGAUUCAGUUGACCGAUACAAUCACACCUGGUUGGUCAGCUUCUUACUGGCUCUUGCGGCCUUCACCUUGUUAAUUCCUUACAUUUUUGAUAUGCCAGACAGGAGCGUACCCGCGAGUGACGAUUUCAAACUCACUGUCAAAUGUUGGUGCCCUGCAGAGUUCACCAAUAACAUGGUUGAGUUCACCAAUGCAGAAUGUGGGGCCGCAUUUCAGAAAGCGCAGGCAGGAAGCCAGGCAGGAACAGACAGUAACGGCGCUUCCUUGUAUCGUAUACCAAAUCAAUUAAUCGGUGACCAAAAUGAAAUCUAUACACCGGAAAUCUCGGCCGAGUCUAAUAGUACAGAAGUGUUUAUGCAGCAGUCAGUAAGAGGGGCCCUUGACAUGCUUGUUGGGUACACGCCUUUGUUUUUGUUUGUGUGCGCUGCUAUUCUUAAAUGCGUCCAUGUGUUGUAUCUGCUGUACUUGAGCUGGUACGGCGUGAACGCGAGUAAUCUCAUCCUGUCCUGGAAGAGCGUAAGUCUAAUUUCUGAACAAAAUGAGCUCGCGAGGAAAGACUUUGUCCAGGAGCUAGCCUCGAGGUUCCAGUCUGCCCGACAACUGGCCAAGGGGUACAUUGUCUAUAAGUUUCUGAUCUUCACUGUCUGCUUUGUCAUCGCGAUGCUUAUCUAUAUAUUCCCCGUACCAGAAUCCCCUGAAGCAGUCGCGCAAUCCGUAAAUGGGCAAUCUUCUGGCUUUAAAAGCUUGAUGCUUAUUUGUAGUUUGACUGUUCGCGCCCUCCAGAGAAACAGUGUCUACAUGACGCAGUGCACGUUCAUACAGUCUCCGAGCGCUUUUGAUGACCAGUCGACGCAGUUCAGAGAAGAGCAACUACUCAGCCUCUACAGGUCAUUCUUCUCCGCCCUUCUCUUCGCGUUCGUUCUUAUUACCACCGUCAACGCGGUCAACCUGUUCCUGUGGAUCGUUAAGCUGUACCGCGGGCAACCUGCAGGACGCUCAAAUAAAAGACUGUCUCCGGAUUCCAGACUUUUGGUUUGCCUUACAGAAGAGCAUCUGGACUUCACAGCCUCCAACAAACUGGAAAAACUCCUGGUUCAAGACCAGAAAGACUCUGCUCCCGACGUAGAACUAACCAAGACAUCAGCAGACGUAGUUUAGUGGCUUGAGUAGUGGUUAAUUCGAAUACAAGCAAAGAAGUCUCAUUGUAUACCAAUUAAAAUUUUACUGACAUGCUUGU